AUGACUACCGACGUUUCUUCGCCUUCGUUAGCUAGCGAUCUGCACUCGGCCAGGGAGCAAGAUCGCCGCGCACGACCGCCCACCAAAUCGCCAUCAGUUGACGAGAAUGCAAACGAAUCCCUCAGUCCAAUUCUUAGUCGACGCCCUACCUCUAAGCACUCCCGAAGCGUCGGCCCGCCAGUUACCAAAGAGAACCCAUCGACUAAAAAUACAUUAAAACCCAGCACGUCGAACCAGGGCCACGGCUCUGGUUUGGAUCCUCUCAGUACGCAAAUAUACCUUCGAACAAAUAGCAGUACGGAACCCACCAUCGCGCAACGUCUUCUCAAUGCCGGCAGACCUGAUAGCCCGGCCCCCGACAGUAUUGGCCGCCUCAGCCACGACUCAAACCCUAGCGCGCGCCCUGAUAGUAUCAAGGAGCGCAAGAAGGGCCCAUCAUUUCUAAGUCGGCUGUCUAUUCGCGCACCGUUCAGAAAGGAAGACGACGCCGACUCGGACUCGGACUUCGGCGAACAUGCUCGCACCGAUGGAACCAAUGCCCGAGCUUUGACUACCGUCAUGGGCGCCGGAGGCGGUUAUUUGCCGAUGCACAAGGAACCGCCUCGCUAUAUCCGGGUCAAGGCACACAACAAGAAGUCUCGCAGCUUUAACCACUUGUUUCUUGCCCAAGAGCUUAGCAGCGCCAAGAAAGCGGGUAGCCCCUCCAAGCAUGCACCCGCUACCGUUGUUGGCAGCAAAAUUCUCAAAGGAGGCAAUGCUAUAUGGGCGGCCGAGUUCAGUAUCGAUGGUCGUUAUCUAGCAGUUGCGGGCAUGGACCAUGUUGUUCGCGUCUACGCCGUUCUCUCGACGCCCGAGGAGCGAAGAGCUUAUGAAGAGGAACAGGAGCAGGACGAUGACGAGAAAGACAACCGUUCUAAGCAUGAACGGCUGAGUGCGCCCGUUUUCCGGAGCGAGCCUAUCCGCGAAUUUGAGGGCCACGGCGGGGAAGUCCUGGCUCUAAGCUGGAGCAAGAACAAUUUUCUGCUGUCUUCUUCCAUGGAUAAGACGGUGCAACUGUGGCAUCUCAGCCGUCAGGAAAGCCUGUGCACCUUUAAGCAUGAUGAUCUCGUCACGUCCAUCUCGUUCCAUCCAACCGACGAUCGUUUCUUUCUCGCUGGAUCUUUGGAUGAGCAGCUGCGGCUGUGGAGUAUACCCGACAAAGCCGUCGCCUUCUCUACGCAGACAGGAGAAUUCAUUACCGCCGUGGCGUUUACGCCAAAUGGCAAGACAGCCAUCUGCGGUCUUCUUAGCGGCAUUUGCAUCUUUUACGAGACGGAAGGGCUUCAAAAUCCGUGGCAGAUUCAUGUGCGUUCAUCCCGGGGUAAAAAUGCAAAGGGCAGCAAAAUUACCGGAAUUCGCACGAAGGCAGUUCUUGCUCGCGGAUUCCACCAGGCGGAUGUAAAGGUUUUGAUCAGCUCAAAUGACUCUCGUGUGCGCAUUUACAGUUUGAAGACGCGGAUGCUUGAAGCCAAGUUCAAAGGCCACGAAAACAUGUCAAGUCAGAUUCACGCGCGGUUCAGCGAUGACGGGCAAUUUGUGACGUCUGGCAGCGAAGAUCGAAAAGCGUACAUAUGGGACAUUUCACACCAUGAGCUUGAGGUCCGCGACAAGCAGCCUUAUGAGUGCUUUGAUGCACAUCCUGAGGUGGUGACGGUCGCUCUCAUGGCCCCCAUCGCAACCAAGCAACUCCUAGGCGCCUCUGGCGACCCGAUUUAUGAUUUGUGCAAUCCACCACCAGUGACGCUGAUGAGCCUGAGCGAGGCCACCGUCAGCCAGAGCGCUCUUUCAGAAGUGACUCACUCGGAUGUGCCGGGCAGCGUUAGGAAACAAACCGAGAGUCCUGCUUACCUGGAACGAUCGAAGCACAAGAAUGGCAACAUUAUCAUUACCGCUGAUCGCAAGGGUAUCAUCAAGGUCUUCAGACAAGACUGCGCGGCGGUGAAGCGGCACCAAAGCCUGUGGGAAACGGGUUCCAAGUUUUCUGGCAAGGUUGCGGGUGGCGUUGGUCGGAGUUCUAGCCUCGCGACGAGGACAAGCGGUGGUAGCCGUGUUCAUUCUCGACGUGGGUCACUGAGCACGAGCGGCAGCCUAGUGCCAAGCCAGAUUGCUUCAGAUAGAAUCAUGAGCUGGCGACAGGAUAUUGAAGGUGGACGAGCCUCGGUCGGAACGCCAACGACGCGGAGUGAGCGCUCGAUUUCACCGUCCAAGAGCGUUGUACGUUCCCCGCUCAAUGUGUCGGCCUCAAAUCUUGCGUCAGAGGCGAGAAAGCAGCCAUACAUUGCCACGCCGCCAUCUCGAAAGAGGAGCAAUAGCAACUUGCAGAGGCGAGGUCGAACAACAUCCGCGAAGCCAGAUCAUAUCCAAGUCGCUGCCAAGAUCAAGGAUCCCGACAAAGGACCUACUAUUCCACCCACGCCAAGCUUUAGCCUGGUGAGCGCUUCGGACCCCGGUACUCAGGAAGACGGCCGCGAUGGCAGCUUCUGGAACCUCAGUCGCUGGCGGGGAGGGAUUUCCGGCCUACGCAACGUGACGAAUAGUAGCGCCGUAGCUGAAAUGCCGAAUACCAAUGGGUCUCAUCGAACAAGCACAUCAACAGAGCGAUCGGGCCAUGAGCACCGUCGCAGCGUUGCCACGAAUGACACGCGACGACUGGCUGCAAGCGGAGACGAAAGCGCUCGACGGCGUUCUAUUCUUCCUGGCGUGUCCGUAUCGGCAACACGCAACGCAGAGCCGGAGAUACCCCCACAGGCGGCCAGCCACGAACAGGCACAGCGGAAUGCGCUUCUCGGUGGCAAGAGACGUCAAGAAUCUCCAGGGAAGAAGCGGACCGACUCGGGGGUGGGUCAGCUGAGCGGAACCUCGAGUGAAGUCAGUGAGUAG